AUGACCCAAACCGAUAUCUUUCCAAAGCCAGAUCAUGUCAGACAAAGAUUAACGGAUAUUCUAGGUGAUGGCCUGAUUUCUGCCGAGGGUGAUGUCCACAGACGUGAGAGACGUAUAAUGAGCCCUUCGUUUGGACCCGCCCAAAUCCGAGAGCUGGUACCAAUAUUCUGGAAUAAAGCUAACAAGCUGAGGGACAUUUGGUUGGAUAUCCUCAAAGAGAGUCCUGAUGGUACCAUUGAUGUACUAUCGUGGCUCAGCCGCGCGACCCUGGAUAUCAUAGGCGUUGCCGGCUUCGACCAUCAUUUCAACUCACUCGAAAAUGCUGACAAGGACGAACUCUCUGCCGCAUUUAAGCAAAUAUUUCAGGCAAGCCAAUCCACGGGCACCCUAGCUCUUCUCGAGAACAUUCUCCCUAUACUCAAGUACAUCCCCACACGGCGCAGGAAGGACAUAGCUGCCAGUCUAGCAACUAUGAAUCGGAUUGGAACAAGGCUCAUUGAGAACAAGAAAGCAGCCCUGGACCAAGACUAUAAAACCGGUUCAGCCUCACAAGGACGCGAUCUACUUACCCUACUGAUCAAGUCAAAUAUCCAAGCCGAAAACGAAGGUCAUAAGAUGAGCGAUCAAGAAGUCCUCAGUCAGAUAUCCACCUUCCUUGUCGCUGGCCAUGAGACAACCAGUACGGCAACUACUUGGGCUCUGUAUACGCUUGCGAAAUAUCCUAGCGUUCAACGAAAACUGAGGGAGGAGCUGCUUGAAUCUGGGCUGGGUGACGAGCCUGAGAUGGCAGAUUUAGACAAAUUACCGUACCUUGACUGCUUCGUACACGAAUGUCUGCGCGUCCAUUCUCCUGUGCCUAAUGUAGCGCGCGAAGCUGCCGCUAAUGUCCAAGUACCGAUCUCGAAGCCCUAUAAAGAUAGAUAUGGAGUUGAACAUGACUUCAUUAGACUACAGAAAGGAGACAUGGUCAUUCUUCCCAUCCUUACCCUGAAUAAUAUGAAAGAAAUAUGGGGUGAGGAUGCUGAAGAGUUCAAACCGGAGCGCUGGAAUAACAUUCCCGAAGCCGUGAAAGAAAUGCCAGGCGUUUGGGGCCACUUGAUGACGUUCAUUCAUGGUCAACGCUCAUGCAUCGGCUACCGAUUCUCUAUUAUUGAGAUGAAAGCUCUUCUGUACUCAUUGGUUAGGUCCAUCGAAUUCAGUCUGGACUCGAAAAUUACGAUAGGCUAUGCCGUUACUGCCGUUGUUCGACCGUUUGUUGCCUCUGAACCUGAGAAGGGAAACCAGAUGCCGCUGAUUUGCAAGCCUGUGUUGACUAUUUAA